CUCCCUUUGCCUCUCCCCGCGGCAGUGCGUGCAGGGGAGCCUGGGGCAGGCCGCUGCCCUCGGAGGGUGGUGGUUGGGUGUGAAAUCUGUUAGCGAGCGCAGAAUUCGGGGGAUACCUGAUGCUCGAGGUGUUGCAGUCCUGGGGUGUGGCUUCCCCUCCACCCCCCUCAACUCACUGGAACUACCUUUUUCUUUCCUUUUUUUUUUCUUCAGAAUUGAGAAACUGUUUAGAAGGUUGUAAAUAGUUUUCUGUGGCCCAGAUUGGGUGUGAGGACUGUGAAAGAAGCCUGACAGGAGUUUCAGUUAUGUUCUGGCACUUUGCCUCCUUUCAGUGUUGCUCAAAAAAGUAGACUUCUUUGUGGGAAAGGGGAGGAGUGGCAGCAGGAGGGAAUUGCCAUUUUGGAGUCUGCUAUUUUAAUUUCGUUUUUAAUGGAAUAUGAGGCAGCUCUGAAAGAAAAGCCCUGCUCCUGCAGAGUGUUGUCAAUUGCAGACAACUGUACCCACAUGAAACCCUGCUGCUGUCUCUGCAUGAUUUCAAAGUUAAGAGUCCCAUAAAGCCUAAUGGAUUUUUCCUUCCAUUUUCCUGACAAACUCGUCAAAUUCCUGAGAAACACAAACUUGUUUCUGAAGUUGUUGAUGCUGAUAUGAGCAGAAGGGAGGACAUUUUCUUUUUUAGCCGUGCGAAGCUACCUGGUAUUUGAAAUGCUGAAGAGGAAAUUACGGUUUUGCCAUAAUUUGCGCUUCAGGCUUUUCUUGGGUCUAACUCUUAUUUUAGUAAUCAUUUCAGUUUUGAAAGUUAACCAGAAAGAAGACUUCUUAAAUCAGAGACAUCUAGAGCUAACAAAAGAAGAUCCUAUCAGCAAUGUUAACUGCACCAAGAUUAUUGAGGGGGAUGUAGAAGAAAUACAAAAGGUAAAGCUUGAGACAUUGUCAGUGUCAUUUAAGAAACGCCCCAGGCUAACAACAAAUGAUUAUAUUAACAUGACGGCAGACUGUGCCUCCUUCACCAAGACUAGGAAAUACAUUAUGGAGCCUCUCAGCAAUGAAGAAGCAGAAUUUCCGAUUGCUUACUCAAUAGUGGUUUAUCACAAAAUUGAGAUGCUUGAUAGACUUCUAAGAUCAAUCUAUGCUCCACAGAAUUUUUACUGCAUUCAUGUAGACAAAAAAUCUCCAGAAUCUUUUUUCACCGCUGUGAAGGGAAUAGUCUCAUGUUUUGAUAAUGUCUUUAUUUCAAGCCAGUUAGAGAGUGUGGUAUAUGCUUCAUGGAGCAGGGUGCAGGCAGACAUUAACUGCAUGAAAGAUCUCUACAGUAGAAGUUCAAACUGGAAAUACCUAAUAAAUCUAUGUGGUAUGGACUUUCCUAUAAAAACCAACCAGGAAAUAGUAGAGAAAUUAAAAGCCCUUAAAGGUGAAAACAGCUUGGAAACAGAAAAAAUGCCUGUUUAUAAAGAAGUAAGGUGGAAAAAACGCCAUGAGAUUAUUGAUGGUAAAAUAAAGAACACAGGCACAGACAAACAACUACCACCUCUGAGUACUCCAAUUUUUAGUGGUAGUGCCUAUUUUAUAGUUAGCAGAAGAUUUGUAGAAUAUGUAUUAGAAAGCAGCAAAAUACUUAAGUUCAUUGAGUGGGCAAAAGAUACUUACAGCCCAGAUGAGUACCUGUGGGCAACAAUUCAGAGAAUCCCUGAUGUCCCAGGUGCAGUUUCUUCUAGUGACAAGUACGAUGUUUCUGACAUGAAUGCGCUGGCCAGGUUUGUCAAGUGGCAGUACUUUGAAGGUGACGUGUCCAAAGGUGCACCGUACCCACCAUGCAGUGGAGUUCACAUUCGCUCUGUCUGUGUUUUUGGGGUAGGAGACUUGAACUGGAUGCUACGAAACCACCACUUCUUUGCUAAUAAGUUUGACACUGAUGUUGACCCUUUUGCAGUAAAAUGUUUGGAAGAGUAUUUGCGACACAAGGCUUUGUAUAUGCAAAAGAAGUGAAAUACUGUAUGCUCCUGUCAUAAAACAUAGGUACAAAUACUAUACUGCUAAGUACUUUGACACAUAACAGCAAUGGUGGUGAUGCUGAUGAUGGGUAUAAUAAACCGUGUUGAUGUAGUGGUGCUGAUGCUGUCCCUGCCUUGUCCAUGGACAAGGGGAAGAAAAGACAUGUCUAAAGUGAAUAUGGGGAUCCCUGGUAUUGCACACUGAGGCUCAGAGCUUUAGGUACAAAAUCACAACAGCAACUUUUGGAAGGCCAACUAUUUGGAAUAUUUAUUUUCUAGAAGAUGUAAUUAAUGGAUUUCCUUUGGCUAAACUGUUUGUUUUAAGGCUUGGAAAAUGCGUGUUAUUCAUGGUUAUUCUUUAUUUUUUUCCCAUGAAUGCAAUGCUAACUGGAAGAGAAAGAUGAAGGGUUGGGGGGAAUGCAGCUGGACUGCACAGACUUUGUUCUGAGUACUGAAAGACUCAGGAAUAUAACAUUAGAAAUUAUCUGAAAACUAUGCAAAAGGGGAUAUUCAAAGCCAGCUGUCAUAACUCAAGUUAAGUCUGCUUGCUGCAGUUCUGUUACAUGUAAUUCUUAGUCCUCUUGAAAAUUUUGUCUUUAGCAUGGAGUAUUAAGGAAUUGCAUUUAAAUUUUUGUAGCCAAAUCUUGCUUUUGUACUCUCAAAGCCCCCUGAUAUUGUGAUAUAAAGUGUAUACACUAGUUUGUAAUUACAUCUUCUCAGGGAAAUUUCAGUUUUAUGCCUGAUGAGAUUUAGACUUGUAAUUUUACACUUUUUAGUGUACUGGGAGUCUUGCUUUUGGAUUCAAAAUGACUCAAAUUUCUCAAAAACUUAAAUGCAGUAGUGUCUAAAUGUCACUGAUGGAACUGCUGGUUUCUGCUUUGUGUCAAGCUCAACUUGCAUUCCAGAUUAUUUUAACAUUGAGUACAGAAAAAUAAAGUUAUUUUUCUAAAUGAUGUUGCCUCUUC